UCAGUCAAGAUGAAGAAGCUCCUGCUGACGCUCGCAGCUGUAAGCCUAGUCUCGGCGCAAACCUCCAACGGAUUUGGAUACGAAUUACUUCUUGGUGCGUUCGACCAACUAGAACAAGAUCUUCAGAAUACCAACGAAAAACUAUUGCAAGCUUUCUCGGGAAGGUCCGGUCCGAGAUUCAAUGCUAUCAACGAAGUACCCUCGUGCAAGGACACCAGCACCAACGUCAGUGGUGUGUACCGAAUCAAUCCGGAACUGGCAACGCUAGCUCCCUUUCUAGUGUACUGUGACCAUACCGUGGAGGACGGUGGAUGGACAGUGAUCCACCGGCGGUUCGACGGGACGUUAAAUUUUAACCGAAACUGGGCCGAAUACAGACAAGGCUUCGGAAACCUACAGAGCGAGUAUUGGCUAGGAUUGGAAAAGAUGCAUCAGAUAAGUCGCAGUGGAAACUACGAACUGUUGGUAGUUCUUAAGAGUUUCAACGGAACAACGAAAACUGCUCGCUACGAUCGAUUCUCGGUGGCAAGUGAGUUCGAACAGUACAGGCUCAACCUGGGUCGAUUUGUGAACGGCGAAGCCAGGGACAGUUUGAGUGCAAUCAACGGGAUGAAGUUUUCCGCUGUGAAUCGGGAUAAUGACGUUGGUGAUGGGAAUUGUGCGAUCACCCAUUCCAGCGGAUGGUGGCAUAAGGAGUGCUUCGAGGCGAAUUUGAACGGCAUGUACCAGAAAGGAAAAGUUUUUAAAACCAUGUCUUGGUACUAUUUCAACAAUACCCACGAUUGUUUGCAGGAGGCACGAAUGCUCAUUCGACCAUCGUAAAGUGUGUUUGGAUAAUUGUACAGUGAAAUGUUUAUAAGUGUAUUAAAUGCAGUACAAACUGCAGCUCGACGAGAAGUGUUUCUUGUUAUAACACUAAUAGACAGUUUCGACAUUCAAAUGGAAUUCCCAUUUCACAGCAAGCAAAUCUAAGGGAAUAGAUUAUAGACACACCCAUGAUCUGAGAAUUGCAUGUGCCAAUUGAAAAAUCAAAACACGUAGCUGAUGGGAGAUGUAAAUGAAGAAUUCGAAUUGAUAAAGAGGUUUUCCCCAUGGCAA